GAAUGGAGCAAUGGAAUGGAGAGCUGCUUUGAGGGAUUGACGAGCCCUUUAGGCAUCGCAGAGCAAAUAAAUGGAAUCCAAAUAAGAGACUACCCGAAAAGGGGACACGCAACAUUAGAGAAAGCAAACAAUAGGCCAAAGGACACCAACAACAACAACAACAACAACAGCAACAACAACAUCUACGAGAUGGAUAACAAUGAUGAGCUGAUGGACAGCAGCUACACUUGGAGCAAUUGGAGCACUUAUGCUCCGGCUCUGCUCUACACUGCACUUAAUAGCGUCCUAUUGGAGGGCAAUCAAACCCCGUCGACGAAACAACCCGAUCUGAGCUACAAUCUGAGCAGAAUUUUACCCACGGGCAUAACGGGACUUCCUGUCGGCGACGCUGGAGACACGCUCAUCGAUGAGGACGGCGCUGCGCCAGUGGCCUCGUUCGCCUUCGUCGUGCCCUGGUGGCGUCAGGUGCUCUGGAGCAUCCUCUUCGGCGGCAUGGUGAUUGUGGCGACUGGCGGCAAUUUGAUUGUUGUCUGGAUUGUGCUGACCACCAAGCGAAUGCGUACCGUUACCAACUACUUUAUCGUGAACCUCUCCAUAGCCGAUGCGAUGGUCUCCAGCCUGAACGUGACCUUCAACUACUACUAUAUGCUGGACAGCGAUUGGAUAUUCGGGGAGGUCUACUGCAAGGUAUCUCAGUUCAUAGCGAUGCUCAGCAUCUGUGCCUCGGUCUUCACGCUGAUGGCCAUAUCCAUCGACAGGUAUGUGGCAAUUAUGAAGCCGUUGCAGCCGCGGAUGAGUAAGCGCCGCAACCUGGCCAUCGCAGCCAUCAUCUGGCUCUCCUCGACGCUCAUCUCCUGCCCCAUGCUGCUGUUCUUCAAGACGGAGGAGGUGCCGGUGACCAUGGAGAACAAGACUCGCAUCGUUUGCUUCUCAGAGUGGCCCGAUGGACAGACGAAUCACUCCAAGCAGGAGCAUAUCUACAACAUACUGAUCCUGAUACUCACCUACUUCCUGCCCAUCAUCUCGAUGACCGUCACCUACUCCCGCGUGGGCAUCGAGCUCUGGGGCUCCAAGACAAUUGGCGAGUAUACGCCUAGGCAAGUGGAGAAUGUCCGCAGCAAGCGAAGGGUGGUCAAAAUGAUGAUUGUGGUCGUCCUUAUAUUCGGCUUCUGCUGGCUGCCGUUCCACACCUACUUUAUAGUCACAUCCUGUUAUCCGGCUAUCACCGAGGCGCCAUUCAUUCAGGAGCUCUACUUGGUUAUCUACUGGCUGGCCAUGAGCAACUCCAUGUACAAUCCGAUUAUAUAUUGCUGGAUGAAUUCCCGCUUUCGCUACGGCUUCAAGAUGGUCUUUCGCUGGUGUCCGUUUGUCCACGUGGGCGCCGAGUCGCUGAAUCGGCGCGAGAAUCUAACCUCGCGCUACUCCUGCUCCGGCUCGCCAGAUCACAAUCGCAUCAAACGGAAUGACACGCAGAAGUCCAUACUCUAUGCCUGCCCCGGCUCGCCCAAGUCGCAUCGCGUUUCGCAUUGUGGUGUGCUGCGCAAUUCGGCGCCGCGCUCAGGUGAGAAGGACGACCGGCUGUCGCUGCCCGUGGUGCAGCAGCAGCUGAGCAGCGGCAGCAGGAGCAGCGCCCGUGCCCACAGGUCGCCCUACCAGCAGGAGCUGCAGGAGCGCUGGACCAGCGACAAGUCGAGCAGCUCCCUCACCUCGGCAACGGAAUCUCGCACCACGCAGCUGCUCUCCUGACAGCCAGCGCCAGCGUCGGCCGAGCAGAGCCUGGAGCUGCAGAUGCCGAGGCAAAUCGUGGGCAACUCCAGCAGCAGCUACAACAACAACUACAGGCGCAUCAACAGCGGCGCUCCACCGACGACAGCCGACGACAGGACUUGGCUCUAGAUGUGCCCAUCUUCAUAUGAAGUCUCGAAUUUAUCCCUAGUGAAUGACUAAUCGAAACCAGAACAGCUGGCUAUAUCCCAGAUAUCGCAUUAUAUCUCAUACAACUCAUAUAUCUCUGCUGCCCGAGCUGCCCACGGAGCGUAUGAGUGAUGCUCUGAGGAAAACUCAACUAGAAGCAGCAGCUCGCGGCGCGAGUGACGCUACUCGGCGCUAGAUGGCGCCAGCUACAGGAGAACUGUCGAUCAGCCAGCUAGAUGUGUUGCUGUAAACCAGCGCUAGGUGGCGUCCUCACUCGCUUGCUUCUCAUAUCCUAUUACGAAUAUUUACGAUAUACUUGCGGCUUUAUCAAAUGCAUAUACAAUACUAUCACAGUGAGUGUUAA